AUGUCAAAUAAAACUGGUUAUAUUGCUGUUCCGCUUGAGGAGCCCGUUCAAGACCAACAGCUACCUGCUUAUAGUAAAGAAUUUCAGGCAACUUAUGUGUUAGCUGGUACCACACAACGAGGAUGUUGCCACCAAAACUGCCAGAGAAGAAAAAUUUGGAGAAGGGCCUUGAUCUUUACUUUGUUAUUUUUCUUGGGCGGUCGUUUCUUAUUAAGUGGCCUUUCAUAUUUUAUGUAUAAUGAAUUUGACGGGGUUAACUUCGACCAUAAACAUCCAGAAAUUGGAACACCUCUAUUUAUUUCUCAUUAUGAUGCGCCUGUGCCACCCAUUCCUAAAGAACCAAUCUGUGAUCCUACCUACAGAUGGAAUGGUCCUUCUGAAAUAUUAAUUGAUCCACUAGAUGUUUCUGGAUUGAUAUUUUCUAUUAAAGGAUUAUCAUCGCACGGAAGUGUCGUUAUCCGUCAAGAUCCACACUUGAAAGAUUUUAUCAAUGUUACAAGCAAGAUUUAUUUGUCAGAUGAAAAUAUUCAGGACGAAGUUGAUAUUAAAAUUGAUAUCAUUGAUGAUGACUACUCUAUUACUAUUGAGACUCCAUCAUUCGAAGGUCCACGUCUCACCCAAAAAUGUGUCUUUAUCGAUACUAUAAUUUCAAUUCCCGUUCAAGUCAAUUUCUUUAGAUCUAUUUUGGUUGAUGUGCCAAACAGCCAAAUCCUUACUGAAGGUUUGGGAAAUAUCGACUUUGCUUACGUCGGCCUUAAAACUAGAAAUGGUCACAUUAAAGCUGAGGAUGUUAAUUUUGCUAUUGGGGAAAUUUCUACUGUUAAUGGACAUGUCAAAGGAUCCUACGUUAUUGCUGAGAACUUAGAUGUUCGCACUAUCAACGGAGCUAUCACCAUCAAUGCUAUUGCUAACUCUUGGUCAGAAGAUAUUUCUAUUAGUGCCAAAUCUAUCAAUGGUCACUUGAACAUUAAUGUGGAAGAUUUGACUGAAAAUCAAGACCUUAACCUUAAAGCUGGUUCGGUUAAUGGUGGUAUUAUUACCACUGUGCCCGAUUCGUACAACGGAAACUUUACUGUCGGCACUUUAGUUGGUUACGCUUAUGUUGAAGGCAAAGAUAUCACCUACUAUAAAAAUUUGCGAAAUCAUAAAAUUGG